CAAGCCUGUACAAAAGCAGGUGAGUCACGGAGCUGUUGACCAGCACUAAGCUGCCCCCAUCUCUUCCCUGGUGGUCACUGCCAUGGCCUGGCUAGUGGUGCCAAGCAUACUACUGUGCAUGCUGGGUGCUGGAUUAGGCACCUCAGAUUUGGAGGACCUUCUGCCUCUUGCUCCCCACAACUGCCCCAAUAAAUGCAUCUGUGCUGCCGAUGUGCUGAGCUGCGCGGGCCAUGGAUUACAGGACGUGCCGGUAGCAUUACCUGCCACUGCUGCAGAACUCGACUUGAGCCACAAUGCACUCAAACGCCUGUACCCUGGCUGGUUAGCACCCCUCUCCCGGCUGCGUGUCCUGUACCUAGGCUACAAUAAAUUGGAUAUGCUGGGCCACGGUGUCUUCACCAAUGCCAGUGGCCUGAGGAUACUGGAUCUAUCAUCUAAUAUGUUGAAGAUACUCCACACCCAUGACCUGGAUGGACUGGGGAGGCUGGAGAGAUUGCUUCUCUUCAAUAACCGCCUGGUACACUUGGACCUGGAUGCCUUCCAGGGUUUGAACAUGCUCAGCCACCUCUAUCUUGGCUGCAAUGAACUCACCUCUUUUUCUUUCAACCACUUGCACGGUCUGGGGACAACCCACCUGCGCACUCUAGACCUGUCCUCCAACUGGCUGAGACACGUCUCCAUCUCCAGGCUGGCCGCACUGCCGGCUUUCCUCAAGAAUGGACUCUACUUGCACAACAACCCACUGCCCUGUAACUGCCGCCUCUACCACCUGCUCCAGCGCUGGCACCAGCGGGGCCUAAGUGCCCUGCGUGAUUUUGCACGUGAGUACACAUGCUUGGUCUUCCAGGUUUCCGCAUCCCGAGUGCGCUUCUUUGAGCACAGCCGGGUGUUUGAGAACUGCUCGGCUGCUGCAGCUCUAGACUUAGAACUCCCUGAAGAACAGCUGGACACGCAAGUGGGGCAGUCCCUGAGGCUCUACUGCAACACCAGCAUGCCUGCUGCACGAGUAGCCUGGGUUUCACCAAAAAAUGAGCUGCUUGUUGCACCAGGCUCUCAGGAUGGCAGCAUUGCUGUGUUGGCUGAUGGCAGCUUAGCGAUACACAGGGUACAAGAGCAGCACGCAGGCAUCUUUGUGUGCCUGGCAACUGGGCCCCGCCUGCACCACAACCAGACACUUGAGUUCAAUGUGAGCGUGCAUAAACCUCGGCCUGAGCCGGAGACUUUCAAUACAGGCUUCACCACACUGCUGGGCUGUAUCGUGGGCCUGGGGCUGGUGCUGCUCUACUUGUUUGCACCACCGUGUCGUGACUGCUGUCACUGCUGCCGGCGAGCCUGCCGUAACCGCUGCUGGCCCCGAGCACCCAGUCCACUCCAGGAGCUGAGUGCACAGUCCUCAGUGCUCAGCACUACGCCACCAGAUGCACCCAGCCGCAAGGCCAGUGUCCACAAGCAUGUGGUCUUCCUGGAGCCGGGCAAGAAAGGUCUCAAUGGCCGUGUGCAGCUAGCAGUAGCUGAAGACUUCGGUCUGUGCGAUCCCAUGGAGUUGCAACUCAAGGCUGGUUCAGAGUCAGCCAGUUCCACAGGCUCAGACGGUCUCAUGAUGACCUAGACUGCCUGGGUGUCCCCACACAGGACAUAGCCCUCCUGCUGCUUGCCCUGUCUGCUGCUGCAGUCUAGAAAACUGACAUGCUGGGGGGAUGCACUGUGCCUGGUCCUUCAACUGCAUGUGAGCCUUGACCUGGACCAUAAUCAUUCUACUCACUGGUAAAGAGAUUGAUGCUCCCCAACUUGCCUCCUGCUCUGCCUAGCUCAGGAUAAGGCCUCAGACUACAAGAGCCUGCUUUCUCUAGUCCUUUUUGAGUAACCAAAUGUCCCAUGAAGAUUAGGGACCAAGACCAUCUGGUAAGAGCCCUUGCAUUAAAACUCUGGGACCAGUUCAAGAGUUAAUGCAGAUGUUAGGGUGUGGUACAGAAGUCAAGCAUACCACCUCCCCUUCUCUGCCAGAGAGCUCACCAAGGAGGGAGAAGGCGGCUCAGAAGAUCCAACUCCCACUCUUAGGAUGGAAGGAAUAAAUGAGCCCUUCCUCUGUUGAAAGAGGGCCCUGUCUACAACUACUACCCCCCAGCCUCCGGAAAGCUUAUGACUCCUGUGGAGUCUGGUGGGCAUGCGUGGCUCCUCCAGGACACUCCUGCAAGAGCAGCCCUGCUGUCUUCAGCUAGAGGUGGAGCCAAUCCAUGGGUUCCUAACCCAGCAGAAAAAGCCUGCGACUAUGACUGACCUGGAAUUCAUGUCCCUGGAGGGUACGAGGCCUCUUAGGACUGGCGCUCAUCUCAGCCUAAUGGCUGAAGCAGUAUCCUGAACUCACAGCCUCUACCACUCCUAUGGGCGGAUGGGGAAGAGGGUCGGAGCCCCUCCCAGGAUGAGCUGGUGGCUUUCUCUGUCCUAGAUGCCUACUAAGGCAUUUUGUAAUAAAGGUGGUACAUGGUCACUGCUGGGUCUUCCCAGAUGGGUAGCUCUGUGUGCCCGGGUAGCCCUCACCACCUAUCCUUUGCCUCAGUGUCCCAAACUAGAUUCUGAGGUUCAUUUUGAGAUAAGCGUGUACAACGAGGCCCUGCUCAAAGGGCACACCCAGUUCCCAUGGGGGCCAACAG